UAGUCGCUCGCGGAAUUCGAUCGCCGGCCGGCCUUUGGCGACUCGCGCUGAUAAUGACAUACGCGACAAUCGCGGAUCGCCCAGCAAUUUUAUUUUAACAGUGACAACCUCCGGAACGCAAGACUUCUCGGUGCGCGUACCUUCUGUAAGUCUGUCGGCGAACAGACGUUCGACAAAGAUUUCCCGAAGAGUUCUGGCCCGACCAAAGCGACGCUAUUAAUACUGGAGCUUCUGAGAUCUCGAUACUGCGGUCUUCCCUUCCGGUUGACCCUUAUGCGACUUUAGAGUAUAAUGACGUAUUCAGACAACGCGCGUGGCAGGUGAUAAUCGAGCUUCCAUCAUCCUCAUGACCUUCCAACUGGAUAUCGCACCAUACGACAGAAUGGAGAACUGUUUUCAAAAUGAAACACUAGACGGCAGUAUGAAUAGACAGUUGCAGCAAAAUAGUAAGAGACCCACGAUGACGCUGAACGCAAACGGAUUGUGGGACGUGGUCCCACGACUGGACCAUUACAGAUUAAGUCGUCGCACGAAGAGACCAUCCCUGAGCACUUUGCACGAUGGAAAUCACAUAAUAAAAGACAUUGAGAUCGGACGUCCGGAGAUCACGAACGUUGCCGAUCAGGAGGGCCACGCCGCCCACGGAAUAAAAUUAGGAUGGAUCCAGGGUGUUCUCAUACCCUGCCUGCUGAAUAUAUGGGGCGUUAUGUUGUUUCUGCGACUGUCAUGGGUAGUCGCACAGGCCGGCAUUUUGCAGAGUGUUAUCAUUAUCGGAUUAUCGGCGGUCGUCUGCGUCAUUACGACGCUUAGCCUCAGCGCAAUUAGCACUAAUGGGCAAGUAAAGGGAGGUGGAAUAUAUUUUAUCAUAUCUCGUUCUCUUGGGCCGGAGUUUGGCGCGUCAGUUGGUAUCGUGUUUGCAUUUGCAAAUGCAGUAGCAGCUUCUAUGAACACGAUCGGUUUCUGUAAUUCCCUGAACGACCUGCUGAAGACACACGGAGUGAAGAUUAUAGAUAAUGAUACGAAUGACGUUAGGAUAAUCGGUAUAAUAGCGCUAGUCGUUAUGAUUCUUAUCUGUGCAGUCGGCAUGGAAUGGGAAUCAAAGGCACAAAACUUCCUUAUUACUGUGAUCGUGGCGGCAAUUUUUGAUUUUCUGAUUGGAACUAUUAUGGGACCACGCAGCGAGGAACAGAGAGCGAAAGGCUUCAUAGGUUUCUCCGCGGAAGUAUUUAUGGACAAUCUCGGGUCGAACUAUCGGUACUCCGAGGAGAACAAUCAGACCUUCUUCUCGGUGUUCGCCAUAUUCUUUCCAUCAGUCACCGGGAUUCAAGCAGGGGCCAAUAUAUCCGGUGACCUGAAAGAUCCAGCGAGCAGCAUACCGAAAGGAACCCUUCUCGCUCUGCUAAUUUCCAUGUUCAGUUAUGUAACUUUCGUCUUUUUCGCCGGCGCCGCGGCUGCCAGAGACGCGGAUGGUGUUCUGAAUAGUACUGUCUUGCAAUGUAUUCCCGGGGUCGAUUGUGCUUACGGGCUACACAACAGCUAUUCAGUCAUGCAACUGAUGUCUCUUUGGGGUCCGUUAAUUUAUGCAGGAUGUUUCGCGGCUACUUUAUCAACGGCAUUGACAAAUCUAUUAUCUGUGCCAAGACUCAUUCAAGCUCUCGGUCAGGACCGAAUCUACCCCGGAUUAAUUUAUUUCAGCAAGGGGUACGGGAAAUCCGGGGAACCCUACCGAGGAUACGUUCUCACGUUUCUUAUUGCAGCUCUAUUUCUCUUAAUCGCUAAUCUCAAUGCCGUCGCGCCAAUGAUAACAAAUUUCUAUUUGGCGUCGUACGCUUUGAUCAACUUCUGCACGUUUCAUGCGGCGCUAAUUCGGCCACUCGGAUGGCGGCCCAGUUUUAAAUACUACAAUACCUGGUUGUCUCUACUCGGAUUCAUCCUCUGUGUGGCGAUCAUGUUUCUCAUCGACUGGGUGACUUCACUCGUCACCGUCGUUAUCAUUUUCGCGUUGUAUCUGAUCGUAGUUUAUCGUAAGCCUGACGUCAACUGGGGCAGCAGUACGCAGGCACAGACUUACAAAACUGCACUCUCCAUCGUGUACAGGCUGAAUUCCACCGACGAGCACGUAAAGAAUUACGCUCCACAAAUUCUGGCGCUCACUGGCCCGCCUGGUGCGAGACCCGCGUUGAUCCACUUGGCAAAUCUCAUCACGAAAAAUAAUUCUCUGCUGGUUUCGGGCGAGGUCUUUCCGACACGACUGUCGUAUUACGGGCGCUCCGCACGUCGAAAAGACGGAUAUGCCUGGCUGUAUCAACAACGUAUAAAAUCAUUCUAUCAUAUCGUGGAUAACUUGAGUCUGGAACAAGGCAUCGCCGCGCUGAUGCAGAUUACGGGAAUCGGUAAAUUAGCUCCCAACGUCAUUCUCAUGGGUUACAAGACUAAUUGGUUGACCUGUGAUCACAAGGACCUGGAAGAAUACUUCAAUGUUCUUCACAACGCUUUUGAUCACAAGAUGGGCGUAGCUAUUGUGAGGCUCACUGAAGGUUUAGACUGUUCAGGCAUGACGAAUGCGAAAGAAACCGACGAGAAUAUCACGCAAAGUAGCUACGAUCUGACAAGGAACGGUAUAAUGCACGCCGAUAGCAGUCUCUCUGUGAAUACGCAGAUUUUUAGAGUGCAGAGUGUUCCAACAAUGGGUUCUACAGAUACAUCAUUUGAUACACUUGCGCACGCGACGCAUGUGAUCAAAGAUCACACACCGAUGCACUGGAACAUUCAAAAAAAUCUGAAAAAUAAGAGGAAGUACGCUAUUGAUAAACUUCUGAACCAUCGCAAUGGCAUCACUUCUGUACCGAAAAAUAUGACAGUAUUCCAGAAGAAGCAUAAGAAAGGAAUGAUUGAUGUGUGGUGGUUGUAUGACGAUGGAGGUUUGACGAUUCUACUACCAUACAUAAUCAGUAUGCGCUCAAACUGGGAACAUUGCAAAAUGAGGAUAUUCGCUCUGGUUAAUCAUAAUCAGGAUAUUAGUGAGCAAGAGCAAGAAAUGGUCGAGAUAAUGAACAAGGCUCGCAUAAAAUACGAUAGUCUAAAAAUGGUGGACGACAGCAGCGUUCCGAAACAGGAGACACAAUCGCUGUUUGAUAGAUUAAUAUCCGACUUCCAAGCAAAUGAUACUUCCGAUUCAAUAUAUUGUAUUACCGAUUCUCAGCUUGAGGCCUUACAAGAUAAAACACGUCGGCAGUUGCGAUUGCGAGAGUUGCUAUUGGAGAACUCGAGUCAGUCUUCCUUGGUGGUCAUGUCAUUACCCUUGCCAAAAAAGGGCAAAAUUUCGGCACCUUUGUACAUGGCAUGGUUGGAGAUACUUACGAGGGAUAUGCCACCGACAAUUCUAGUUCGCGGGAACCACACAUCGGUACUGUCAUUCUAUUCAUAGUCCUCCAAACAUCGUCUAAACAUUGUUAUAAUUUUGUAAUUUUUAUGUACAUUAUAAUUGUUAUUGUGAUAAUGUUAAUAAUUGAAAAUUUGUUAAUAUUUUGUACAAAAAUAAAGAAAAGCCUAAUGCAAUCGGACAAUAUCAAUUUUCGCACAUUCGAUUUCUUGAAUCAUUCAUUUCUUUUCAACCAACACGGCGCGCGGCGGUGAAAGCGACAGUGAUGGACUCUAGCCGACUUUCUCGGAACUAAUCGGACCGCGUGUCCGCGAGAGUGGCGCCAUCCGCCCACAUUAAACGAUUCCGAUCGGAAUGAUUCCACAUUUGUCCCUUUCUUUUUUCUAGGGAAAAAUGUGGGGAAAACGGAAUCAUUCCGAUCGGAAUCGUUUAUCAUAAUACGUGCCCUAGGGGUCUAUCACGUAUCUCUAACGUGAGUGAACACGCGAAAAGUGAACAAAUUUACUAGAAUAUUUAUAAUUUGAUUGGUCAACAUCUAGUGAAUUUGCUCACUUUUCGCAUUUUCACUCACGUAGAGAUACGUAAUAAACUCCCUGAUCGAAUUGUUCCGGUUAAGCCUGGUGUCCACGAUCCGAGUUCUCGGUCCGAGAAAAAGUUACUAGAACUCGGAUCAUGGACAUUAGCAACUCAGAUGCAAAUCUCGAAUGAAAAUCUCGAACGAAAAAAUGCAUCCCGUCCCAUUUUCCCGUAAUAGUUACUAGACUUUUACUAGUUUCACAUCGACUUAAUUCUUAUUGCCAACCUUAUUCUAUUUUUAUUGUCAGUCAUGGGUCCAGUCAGGUGCAGUCAUGGUCAAGAAAUUCCUUUUUAGUAGACUGGAUUUUAUUAAGGACGAAGGAAAUCUCAUGCGUUGCAGGAAUUCUUCAGACACAAGAGAACGUAAUUACAAAGGUAUGUUACCUAUUAAUACCUAUUAUUAACCAAUAUAUGUAUCUCUAUAUAUGUUUUGUUUAAUUUGCUGAAUUCUAGCAUAAUGAAUCGAUAAAUAGAUCUCGAAUUCUUUCAAGGUAUUUUUUCUUAAUAUGUACUAUGUGAAUCACCGGUGAUGGACGCUGAAUUGUCCAUUUAGACCAUUUGGUAUUCUGGUUGUAAAAAGAAACAAUUAUGAAAUGUUUUAACGUUAUACGUGGAUACAUAAAUAUAAUAUAUAGUGUAAUAUUUGUAAAUCACCAGUGACCCACACAGCACUACGAUCACUUUGUAUUAUUAUUAAAAAAAAA